UCUCUUUCAGCUGCAGCAUCAGCACAAGCUGGUGGCGCUGCACAUGCGGCAUCGCCGGCCCCGGAACAUGACGUUCCGCAAAAGAUGACAUUCUCGGUGAAGUUGAGCAAAUUUGACGAAAAGAAGAAGAUUGCAUUGAUCAAAGAGAUUCGAAACGCUAUUCAAGGCUUGAAUCUGGUUCAAGCGAAAAAAUUCGUUGAUGCGGCACCAGCGGUCGUCAGAGAAGAUAUGGGAAAAGCAGAAGCAGAAGAGCUGAAAGCAGCAUUAGAAAAGGCUGGCGGGGUCUGCGAGAUUGUCUAG